CCGAGCCGCGGCGCUGCCCGGAGCUAGGACGCUGAGUCGCGCUCGCCGCGCCGGGGCGGGAGCCGGGCCUGGGCCGAGUGCAGGAGCCGGCCGCCCGGGAGCCGCGGCGAUGGCGGUGCAGGCGGCGCUGCUCAGCGCGCACCCCUUCGUGCCCUUCGGCUUCGGGGGUACCCCGGACGCCUUCGGAGCCCUGGACAAGGGCUGCUGCUUCGAGGACGACGAGACCAGUGCACCGGCUGGCGCCCUGCUGUCAGGAGCUGAGGGCGGCGAUGUGCGCGAGGCCACCCGUGACCUGCUCAGCUUCAUCGACUCGGCGUCCAGCAACAUCAAACUGGCGCUGGACAAGCCCGGCAAGUCGAAGCGGAAGGUGAACCACCGCAAGUACCUGCAGAAGCAGAUCAAGCGCUGCAGCGGCCUCGUGGGCGCCGGGGCCCCUGGCCCGCCAUCCCUCGCCGCCGCCGACGCGCCCGCCAGGCGGCCGCUCGCCGCGCCCGGCGCCCAGACCGUCGCGGUCCCGGUCCACGGCAAAGCCGCCCCACGGCGCGAGGCGUCGCAGGCCGCGGCGGCCGCCAACCUGCAAAGCCGGAGUCUGGCCGCGCUUUUCGACUCGUUGCGCCACAUCCCCGGGGCUGCCGAGCCGGCUGGAGGCGCGGCGGCCGAAACCACGGCUGGGCUGCGCGGAGCGGGAGCUGGGGGCGCCGCAGGGGAUGGGGCCCGGCCCGCGGGGGUCGCAGCGGUCCCGGGAGCCAGGAAGGUCCCGCUUCGGGCUCGCAACCUACCCCCGUCCUUCUUCACAGAGCCGUCCCGGGCGGGCGGCGGCGGUUGCAGCCCGUCGGGGCCGGGAGUGAGCUUGGGUGACCUGGAGAAGGGCGCAGAGGCCGUGGAGUUCUUCGAACUGCUCGGCCCCGACUACGGCGCCGGCACGGAGGCGGCGGUCUUGCUUGCCGCGGAGCCUCUCGACGUGUUACCCGCCGGAGCUGCAAUACUUCGGGGACCGCCGGAGCUGGAGCCUGGUUUCUUUGAGCCACCGCCUGCAGUAGUGGGAAACCUACUGUACCCUGAGCCCUGGAGCGUCCCGGGCGGCCCUGCGACCAAGAAGCCGCCCCUGACUACCGCCCGCGGCGGCUUGACCUUGAACGAGCCCUUGCGCCCCUUGUAUCCCGGAGUCGCGGACUCUCCGGGAGGGGAGGACGGGCCGGGCCAGUUGGCCUCUUUCGCCCCCUUCUUCCCAGACUGCGCCCUGCCCCCGCCGCCGCCGCCUCCUCAAGUGUCCUACGAUUACAGCGCGGGGUACAGCCGCUCGGCCUACUCGAGUCUGUGGAGACCCGACGGGGUUUGGGAAGGGCAGCCUGGGGAGGAGGGGGCGCCCCGGGACUGACUUUGCCCUUUGCAUUAGAAACUUCUCUGGGAGCGCCACGCCACCGCGGGUUUCUCCUAAGUCUAAAGAACUGUGGGAAAAUCAAAGUGGAGGUGAAACGGGAUUUUAAAGAGUUCAGUUAAUAAAGCAACUUCAGAAAAAGAGGUGAAGAGGAUUCGAAGAUGGUUUUAAUCCCAGUCUCGAGUGCUUAAAAAAAAAGUUGGUCGGUUCUUACUGGAACAGUGGAGCCACAAAACCAAGAUGGUUUGGGGCGUUGGGUGGGGAUGGCGGAGGGGCAAGAGGUGGCUUCUGUAGCCACCUGGCCUUUCUCCGAUUGUUCAGCAAAGGUCAGUGUUUUUAGUGUAAUGCUCCUUCCAAACAAUGCCCCGGUCCCUCCCCUGCCCUCUCCUGGAGUACAUUUUGGAUUAAAGUUUAUGUUG